UGGCGCGUGUGCUGUCUGCCGCCAGCGCCGAGCCCUCGGCGACGCCAGCGGUGAGAAUCGCCCGCGGGCUGGGAAUCCGAGUCGGCCUGGAUCCCAGAGCUAUGGGAAAAGCCUGACUUCGGCGGAGCCCCCAGGUGUCCGAAAGGCUUGGCCCAGGACGGACCUUUCCUCGGGUUCCCAUCGCCAUCCGUGCGCUCGGCUGGCCUGGGACCGCGCCGGGCGCGCGCGCUCACGCACCUGCAGGUGUCCAGGGCGGGGCGCCUCCCCCCCUUCCCCGGCUUCCCCGCGACCCUCAGGGUCACGUCCUGCCCCGGGCCAAGGCGCCAGCGUUUCGUGGAGGCGGCUGCUCCGCACCGCUGGGAACCACACGUGGCAGCAGCAUGGCCACCGGCCUCAGCCCGGACGAUCGGCAGCCGCUGAGCCCGCUGUCUAUCCAGCAGACCACGCUCCUGCUGCUCCUGUCGGUGCUGGCCGCCGUGCACGUGGGCCAGUGGCUGGUCAGGCAGCGGCGGCGGCAACCUUGCUCCUCGCCCCCGGGCCCCUUCCCGUGGCCGCUGAUCGGAAACGUGGCGGAUGUGGGGCCCGCGUCGCACCUGUCGUUCGCCCGUCUGGCGAAGCGCUACGGCAACGUCUUCCAGAUCCGCCUGGGCAGCUGUCCGGUGGUGGUGCUGAAUGGCGAGAACGCCAUCCAGCAGGCCCUGGUGCAGCAGGGCGUAGCUUUCGCUGACCGGCCGCCCUUUGCCUCCUUCCAUGUGGUGUCUGGCGGCCGCAGCCUGGCCUUCGGGCGUUACUCGGAGCCGUGGAAGGCGCAGAGGCGCGCGGCGUACGGCAUCAUGCGCGCCUUCUGCACGCGCCAGCCGCGCAGCCGCCGCGUCCUCGAGGGCCACGUGCUGGGCGAGACGCGCGAGCUGGUGGCCGUGCUGGUGCGCCGCUGUGCCGGGGGCACCUACCUGGACCCGACCAAGCCGGCGAUCGUGGCGGUGGCUAACGUCAUGAGCGCGGUGUGCUUCGGCUGCCGCUACCACCACGACGACGCGGAGUUCCUGGAGCUGCUCAGCCACAACGAAGAGUUCGGGCGCACGGUGGGCGCGGGCAGCCUGGUGGACGUCCUGCCCUGGCUGAAGCUCUUCCCCAACCCGGUGCGCACCACCUUCCGCGAGUUCCAGCAGCUCAACCGCAACUUCACCCACUUCGUGGUCGACAAGUUCCUGAAGCACCGUGAAAGCCUCCUGCCGGGAGCUGCUCCCAGAGACAUGAUGGACGCCUUCAUCCUCUCAGCGGAAAAGAAGGCUGCCGAGGGCGCCGGCCGCGCUCUGUUGGACUGGGAGACAGUCCCGGCCUCGGUCACCGACAUCUUCGGCGCCAGCCAGGACACUCUCUCCACGGCGCUGCUGUGGCUGCUCAUCCUCCUUACCAGAUACCCUGACGUGCAGGCUCGAGUGCAGGAGGAAGUGGAUCUGGUGGUGGGAAGGGAUCGCCUGCCUGGCAUGGGUGACCAGCCCAAUCUGCCCUACGUCAUGGCCUUUAUUUAUGAAACCAUGAGAUUCUCCAGCUUUGUGCCUAUCACCAUCCCUCAUGCCACCACUGCUAAUACCUCCAUCUUGGGCUACUACAUACCCAAAAACACAGUGAUUUUUGUUAACCAGUGGUCUGUGAAUCAUGAUCCAGCAAAGUGGCCUAACCCAGAAGUCUUUGACCCAACUCGUUUUCUAGACAAGGAUGGUUUCAUCAACAAGGAGCUGACGAGCAGCGUGAUGAUUUUUUCAGUGGGCAGACGGCGGUGCAUUGGCGAAGAGCUAUCUAAAAUGUUGCUGUUUCUCUUUGUCUCCAUCCUGGCUCACCAGUGCAACUUCAAGGCCAACCAAGAUGAGCCGUCCAAAAUGGAGUUCAGUUACGGCCUAACUAUUAAACCCAAGUCAUUUAAAGUCCAUGUGACUCUCAGAGAGUCCAUGGAACUCCUGGACAGUGCUGUUCAAAAGUCACAAGCCGAGGAAGCUUGCAGUGAGAAGCCAGAGGUGAGCUAAGUUGAGAAGUUCUCCACCCUUGUUGGAUGAGGGGAAAAAAUUGGUUUCCCCCUUGUUUUUGCAGCUUCACUUUUAGCUUCUAAUGUGCUUUAAACACCAUAUGGCCAGCAAAUGAGGUGAGCUCUAGGUGUGAAAGCUCCUGGAAGAGGUUUAGUGUUGGAGAUAAGGACCCAAGGAAGAGUGCAUAUUAUAUGCAUCUAUCCAUACGCAUAUGCAUUGUCUAUAUAUGCAUUGGAUCCUGAUACUAAUAAUUUAUUCUGAGAGCAUAAUUUGGAUUUAAAACAUAUACAUGUGUACCCACAUGUCCACACAACUAUAUGAUGAAGAAAUAUUUCAGUGCCUUUUAAGGGAGACCUAAGAUGGAAUAUCUGUGAACAGAAAUAUACGCCACAGAAAAACGGUUAAGCAAAGCCUCAGGAUGCAUUCUGGCUACAAAGACAAGCAGUUUCAGUGUGUGAUGUGACUAAGGGUGACAGAAAAAGGUAAAGUCAGCAAUUCCUUUCUUGCCAUUUCAGUAAAAUAGCUUAGAUUGAACAUAGUUAUUUUUGAGUGGAUUUGUUUUUUUCUACGGAUGUGCCUUUCUCCUUUAGGAGGAAUCAUAAAUCCAGUGCUCAAAAAGAAAUGAGUAGUUGAAUUAAUAAGCAUACUGAGUUUUAGAGAUUUACCCUGAAUUUUAGAAUGUAAAUUAUUUAAACUGCAAAAUUCCAAGCUAAAGUUGUGCCAAAGUACAGUAACAGUUAUGAAAAAGAAAACAACAACAAAAAGAUUCAACAAUCAAGCUAAGCUUUCGUUUAUGUGAGAGAAAUGUAUUGAUUUCACUCUUUUCUGUUAGAAAGAAGCUCAUAUCACCAAAUAGUAUUCAAUACAUACAAGAUAGCAUAGGUGUUCAUAAGCAGCAUGUAAGUUUUAAUUAUUUUGUUUAGAAAAUGUUGAAUAAAAAAAUCACACGUAUAACCAGUUCAAUGGGGGUGAAGUCAAAAUCCAUUUGCUGAACCUGGUUAAAUCAUCCUGUAUAUACAACUAGGCAGUAUCACCUAUUUGUGAUAUAAUUUAAACCAAACCAAAGCAAAAAUCUCUUCUCAUCAAAGUUUUGGGCUAUUGACAAAUCUCAAAAUUAGAGCAGGAGAUGUAUUUUUAUUUUGUUAUAUUUUUGUCAAAAUUGUAUUCAUACUAUAUAUUUUUUAAAUUGAUGCAGUUAAUAUGUAGAAAUUGCAAGGCCUUGGUAUGCCCAAGUUUUAACUUGAUUUUAAUUCCAUUCUGAUUAUUGAGUUCCACAUGACGCUAGCAGAAAUCUGGCUGUUGUUCUGUGGAAGGCAAUACACCUAAACUUCUUUUGAGGGAAAAAAUGCCAUGCAUUAUAUAAAUUAUAUAAAUGUUCUUUUGCUAGGCAACAAGAAGGGAAACAUGUUAUUACAGAGUAGUUUCUCUUUUAAAUGAUUUCUGGAAAUUUAGUCUUUUUGUCUUCUCUUUCUUCCUCUCUCUCUCUCUCUUUCUUUCCUGAGGCUGG